UAAUGGCUCAGCUUUGACGAUCAAACUGAGAAGUCUGAAAACUAAAUUGUAUAUUAAUCGUUAUAGGUUCCGGCAAAUAUGAGGGUUAUGUCUGUUUACAAUAGCCUUCCCCAAAAAAACUAGAUAGAUAAUAGAUUCAUUAGUUAAUAAAUAUUGUUUACAUUCAACAUAUCAACAAGAUGUAGAGCUGUGAGUUAUCGAGUUCCAUUUUCCCUGUGAAAUUCCCAUCUUCCUGUGACGAGUCUAUUUGAACAUAAUGGUGCAGUAUUUGGAGUUCCUGUAGAUGUUAUCUCCAUCAUAAACUUUCCCUAAUGUUUCCUCUAGCAUGUGGCUGGCAUAUGUCUUCUCACUUACGGUCAAGGAUGUUAACAAAAAUAGGUGUCGUUCUAUAAAGUGCAAGUGGUAGUUAAAGUAUUGCCAGACAACAUUCUCACCUAUUCUCCAGACAAGAAUAGUUUUGGAACGCCCCAGGUUACGUGUGUUACAGUAAUUUUAUUGAUGUGUGUUGCAAGACAACUUACAGGAACCGCAGCAUCCAUUUUAAAUACUUAAACAGUCACAAUACAAUUGGGCAGCAUCUUAGUAGGAAAGUCACUUCCAAAAAGAUAACUUUCCGUAUAAAAAGUAGUUUAAUCAGAAUAUACGGAUUGUUUUGAGUGACCAUAUGGAAAAACACAGGCUGUUUGAAAUAGAAAAUCACAGCUAUAUGCCUACUGUACUAUUAACAUUACAUAAAAGGAAAAAAGUGUAAAACAUGUAUUCUUGCAAAAUGCACUUCACAUAUAAUCUAAACAGCCAGACCUACUAUUGGAGUGAGCCAGCACACCCAAUUUAUAAUAUUGCAAUGUUAAUUCGCUGAUUUAAAUGGCCUAGAAAACAAUCAAGCCUACUUCAAGGUGGGCAGAGUUUGUAGUAGAUAUUAACUGGCGUAAAGAACCUGUUACUGCAUUCUGGAAGCUGUAAUAAUGAGGCUUAGGCAAUGGCUUGUUGGCCUUUUAAUGCUUGUUGUAUUGCUUGUUUCUGUAGUGCAAACGUUAAAGGCUUCAUACCCGUAUGUCGAUAAAACAACAUCAUCAAACAACUGAGUCUCAGCUAAGGGAGAUGCAUAGAUAAAACUUUCAUUACUGCAGACACAAUGUGAGCAGUAGUGAAUUAAGGCCAGCUUGGAUCCUGUAUGUUGGCAGAAUAGUUGCAGAGGACUUCUGGAUUUAUUUUCUUUAUAGAUGAUUGGAUGUAUGAAAGCCCUUCAAAUGUUUUCUUUAUGGGGAGUGACAUUAAAUUACGGCGUCUGUAACUGAACUAACACGUGCCCCUUCGUGUUUUUGUGGACAACUGUGGCCACUGCAGUUACUCAUGUGAACUCUUCCCCAAGAUAUUCUUUCAGUGAAAAACAUGUGUAACCCUUUAUUGAACUUUUAAAAAGUGAGACUUUCUUUGGAGAUCUUUGUUUGUCUUCAGAUGUUUUAGUGAUGCAAAGCAGGCUCCAACUUUCUGCCCCGAGUACAAGAUAAGCAUUUCAACUGGAGGUUUUGAGGAUUCACCAGGAGACCAGUGGUGCUUUUCGUUUUGGAAAAGUGACCACAAUGUCUCAAGUGACUCUUUUGGAAGAAAUUUCUCAGUGGAACCAGGAAACCUGUCAACAACAACUCAAAUCUGUCUUGCCCAAACUAGUUGCUAUGCAUCAUGAUACUGACAGCUGGGAAGAGCACACAAAUAUUUUGCAGAUAAUCACAAAUAGAUUCCUUCCUCAUCUUUCUUUAUCUGAGCUAGAGAUGGAAUGUUUUUCCAGUGUCUUGCCCAAGGUGGUGAAAAUUUUUGCACGUUUCUUUGAAGAAAUUGUCAGGCAAGUCGGUGGCCUCUCCAGUCAAAACACGGAGUUGCAGACAUUCUUGAGGAAUAUUCUAAAGAUGAUGGUCCAGACUUUGGAGUGCCUCUCCGGCUGUGUACGCCAUGUCGGGUCUUUUGAAGAGUCUGUCUCCUUGGAUGCCAUCCGAUCUCUGCCCUCCUGCGUCCUCAGAAUCUUAAAGGACACUUUUCAGCACUGCAAGGACAGUGAGGUCAUGUACAGUGGAAGGCUAUCAUUGGUGGGAGAUCUCCUUCAGGGCUUGUUUAAAGAGGCAUACUCUUUGCAGAAGGGCCUGAUGGAAGUCUUGGAAAAAAUUAAACUUGAUGACAGUUCAUCUGAGGAGGAGGUUUCGGACAUUGUCAUAGUGAUUCACGGUUUGCUGGACAUUUGUGCUAUCAUAUCCGGUCUGGACAUCGCUCUACAUGCCAACACAUGGAAAUUUAUUAUCAAGCAGAGUGUGAAACACCAGUCUCUCGUGGAAGAUCGGCUUCACCACACUCACAUAGCUUUCUCAUUGUGUGAAGAUUUGUGUACAUCUGUCCAAAACUGUUUUGUGAUGGCUCAACAGAUCCAGCAGUCCGGUCUGCAGGAAGUUGUGCAUUGUCCUGAAUUCAAGCUUUUCCAAAAAGCAACAAAGAUGUGUAGGUUUUUUGCCAACACCUUAGUCCACUACACAAAGGAAUUUAAAGCAUUCCUUGCCAAAUCGUGCCGUCAUUUUCACCAGUGUUAUCUUCAAAUACACGGGAAGUUCCCGCCGUCUGUGUUGGCGUUAUCUGUCCCCCCUGCACUCAUUGAGGACUUGAGAGUAUCAGUUCUGGUUCCCAUGGAUGCCAUGCUGAUGCAGCUCUUGUCCUUCCAUCCUUUUGCUGAGUCUGUCCUGGACCCGGGCCAUCAGUACAGUACAGAGCUUUGUCUACCACAAUGUCUGCUACUGGUGAAUGUUUUGGGUAAAAUCUCCCAGUCAGAGGAGGCAUUGGGGCUGUGGAGUGAUGGCAGCCAGUUCUCUGAGGAAAAUCCCAGAUGGUCUGUGUUUGAGGCAGUGUUGCAGAGUUUCAGAAAAUGUGUGUUGGAGCGUGCGGUCCCCGUGACGUUGCCGGGGGUGAUGCUGCGGGGUCAAGCUCAGGGUACAAUCAGCCUCCACCAGCAAGUGUGUGUUCAUAUGUGUGCCUGCGUGGCUGCGUUGCCCCCUCAACACUUUGCUCCAUUGGAGAGUUCACUAUUAGCCGCCGUACUGCAGCCAGACACACAGACGGCUGUUUUGGCCAUGGAUGUGUGGUGCUUCCUGGCGCGGUAUGGCUCGGCCGACUUGUGUUUUCAUCAUGUCCACGUUGUUGCUCACCUGAUAAGUUCAUGUCCUGAUAAAGGUUAUCAGUUGGUUCACUUGGCCCUGCUACUGAGACGCCUGCUUUUUCUCAUGACACCAAAACAUCAGAUGGAGUUUGUGGAGCGUUUCCCUCCCUCUCAAGAGGAGAACCUGUGUGUCUGGCGUCACAUUUUGCUGAGGUGUCUGAGCACGGAGGCGUGUGUGCGUGUGGAGGAAGAGGUGCUCUCCAAAGCCUCUGAUGCGCUGCAGGAAUGGCAGGACAGCGGCUACAGACUGGGAAACAUAUUAAGAGUGAACAGGGUGCUGGGAUGUGUGCUGGUGGUGAUGGGAGGGAGCAACCUGCAUGCAGAAUCUGUGGUGUCUUCUGUGAAGAUCAUCUCUCUGAUGUGGAGUCGUAUGUGUAGCAGCCAGGUUCAGAUAUAUCCUCCUCUCCAGUGCACAGUGAAGUUACUCCUGUCAAUAUCAGCUGCUGUAAUCAAAAGUGUAGAGCCACAUGUUAUCAUUCAGGCUGUUUCCUGUUUGAGUGAAUUGAAUCUGCAGAAAUGCCCGGAUGACCUCCUCAUAGCUGCCUUGGAGUUUCUUGCCUCCAUGGGGAAAGUAUUUGUUCCUCCCAAUAUUCAGGGUCAGGUUCUGCCCAGACUCAGUGCGCUGUUUAAUGGUCUCCUGACUCACCCGUCCUGGCUCCUAUUCCAGCAUGUUCUGGAGGCGUUUGGUCUCUUUGCAGAGAUAACCAACCACGAGGAAGUUAUUUCCCAGACUUUAACAUCAGAGGAGGUCAAAACCAAAGUGAUAAACUUCCUCAGUAAGACCGUCUCGCAGAGGGAGUCUGCGGUAGAAAGAUUGGGACGUCUGAAGGAGGAUAGGAGCAUUAUAGAAAAUCACUGUGAAACACUGGAUAGAGAGAAGAGCUUACUUGUACACACAGCUCCUGCUGAGGAGUGCCAGCCAUGUCCGAAAAGGGCAAGACAAGAGACCAAAGCAGAAGAGGAGUACGAGCGAUAUCUCCAAACGGCAGAAAGUGCGUUGAAAGCUCUACAGUCAAUAGAAAGGCCCGGCUGCAGCCCGUCACCUCCGCAGUGGGUCAGGGUCAGACUUGAGGCUCUACAGACACUUAUUACUCAGAUCAACACCACUACAGAUGAGGAGUCCUGAUUUAACUACACCAUCACCUCUACUUUGAUUUUUACACAACCUGUUUCUUUCAUAUUAAAUUGACUAAAAUCAAUGUUUGUGUGGAGAGGGGUCACUCUGAAAUUAUUUUUUUUAUUAAACUAUAAUUAAAGAGAAAUAUGGGCUUUUAUUUUGUGUUGAUACGUAAUAUUUUGACCGGUCAUAAUCGGUGUUAGGGUGGGGUUGAUAUGGGUUUUUAAACUCGGUCCAGUUGAUGCACGCUACCAAGCGACGCAUUUACAGCACGCGCUCAUACUUGGACGUGUCACAACUAAACCGCGGCUGUCGGACGUAAAUAUUACCUAUUUGAUUCCUUACAAUAGUAAUAAUAUGUAAAAGGAGCGAUUUGUAUUUGAUUUUUAUAUAAAAAUAGCGUAGGUGCUUUACAGAAAGUUAUAAAACAUGUUUAUUUAAUGAUCAACAUUCGCAUUACAAUAUCAGGAGAAAUAAUAAUCCUCAAAAUGGAACGAAUGUGUAUUUUCCCUAUGUUUUAAAAUUGAUAUGGUUUUGAGAUGAUACUGUCUAGGUGGGAUUAUUUUUAAUAUUGUCCCUUGAGUUUAUAAGGACUUUGCUGUGUGAAGAAUAACAUAGCAAAUAAAACCUAAUUAAAUAAUUCAACAAAAAGCCUUUUGCUUGAUACACGUCAGUAGCUCACGCGCAUUGACUCGUGCCUGCUUUUAUUUUUCAUUGAUGGUCAAAUGCGAUGAUUAUACGGCAAAAUGGACUUUUAACAACAAAGUGUUUUAAUUAGUAAACAUUUAUAGAAUAGAUGUAAAUAUUGCCG